AUAAACUCAGCAUGAAGCUGUCAAUCAUUUUCUGCCUGCUCUGUGUCGCUUCAGCAGCAGUUCAGGAUUUAAACUGGCACAUGCAGCCUGCAGCCGGCAGGUUUGGAGACCAGGGACCAGACCAGCUUGCAGUCCAGGAACCAGCAGAUGUCCUCCAGGAGAAGCAGUCUUUCACUGAACCAUUGUCUUGGAGAUACCCGGCUCCACCGGCUGAAGAGGCGCCUCUGUUCCCUCCAGACUUUAAGCUGAAAGUACCAACAGCAGCUGACAGCGUCAGCGUCGUCUGCGGGGAGAGUUCCGUUCGGGUGGAGGCCAAGAAAGACCUGCUGGGGAUCGGCAAACCUGUGCAGACUGCAGACGUCACGCUGGGAGGAUGUCCUGCCACAGCGGAAGAUCCCGAAGCUCAGGCACUGGUCUUUGAGUCAGAGCUGCAUGGAUGUGGCAGCCAGUUGCUGAUGUCUGAGGACUCGUUCAUCUAUGCCUUCACGCUGCUCUACACUCCCAGUCCUCUAGGAGACAGUCAAAUCGUCCGAACCAGAGACGUCACAGUCAACAUCGAGUGUCACUACCCAAGGAAGCAUGAUGUGAGCAGCAGGCAGUUGGUGCCAACCUGGACUCCAUUCAGUGCCACCAAAGCUUCAGAGGAAAGUCUCUACUUCUCCUUCAGACUCAUGACUGAUGAUUGGCAGUUCUCUCGUCCAUCCGCUCAGUUCCUGCUGGGAGAUGUGAUGAAGUUUGAAGUUUCGGUCAAACAGUUUUAUCACAUCCCUCUCAGAGUGAUGGUGGACAGCUGUGUGGCCACCACGGUCCCAAACGUUGACACCGUCCCUCGAUAUACCUUCCUGGGAAACAACGGGUGUCUGUUUGACAGUCAGCUGACAGACUCAAACUCUCAGUUCCUUCCUCGGUCUCAGGACGACAGACUGCAGUUUGAGGUGGAGGCGUUCAGGUUCCAGCAGGACCACAGCGGCAUGAUCUACAUCACCUGUCAUUUGAGAGCCACAGCAGCUCCUGCAGCUGUUGAUGCCACCAGCAAGGCCUGUUCAUUUUCCAAUGGGUGGAGGGAGGCCAGCGGCAGCCAUGAAGUCUGUACCUGCUGUGAUACAGACUGUGGGACGGGAAGCCAGAGUCACCUGACAGGAACAGGUGCUCAGUGGGAACAGGAAAUGGCUGUUGGACCAAUCAUAGUGAAGGACAGACCUCUCCGGUGAAAACAAAAUCCAAACUUUAAAAUUAAAUGACUUAAACUCUUAUAUCCUUAUGAAAAAUGGAUUCAUGUUGUGGUUAUUCCAUGGUGCUGUGGUUAAAUCAGAAGACACACAGUACAACUGAGUUUCUAAAUUGCUGACAAUGCUGUUGGUCCACGUUGCAGAAAAGUUUUUUUUAACUUUAAAUGAAACUUUAAAUGAUUUUUAACUUAAUGAAUAAUGAAUCUAUGGUGCUGUGACCAUAAAACAAGUUCAACUGAGUAUUUUUGGAGGGUAUUUUAUUUUUUUCCCCCAUUCAGUUUUAUAUGGAUUUUGCAUGACAAGUGGCCCAACACAGAAGUGAGAAAGCUGGCUAGAAAACAAAAACCUGCAUGACAUGCUAAUGUAGCAGAGAUAAGGAAAACAAUGGGCUAAUGGAGCACAAAUGAGGAAGCAAAUGGGCUUGUCGCUGCCUGUACUGUGCAUGUGCAACUCUUAAUGGAGACGAGACAGAAACAAGUUGGCAUUUAGCUCGGGGAAAAAAUGUCAUUGUCAUUCAUGCAACAUUGUUUUUGUGGGGAGCGUACCUAUGUUCCCCCGGGUCCUAUGUUCCCCGCUUUGUAUGGGACUGGGGAACCCGAACCCUAACCUUAGCGGGGAACAUAGGGAUGACCCCGUUUUUGUGCUAUUAGCAUGUUAGCCUCCUUGAUUGCUCCAAACCUCCAGGUUUUGAAGCCAAUUUGACAUAGUGACAAAACCGUGUAAUUAGAGCAAUGGCAUCUGUCAAAUGAUACACACUGCGCAAUAAGGCUUUCCUCCAUAAUGUUCCAUUGGAAAGGAAGUGGCUGUAAAUUUGUGGAUGUCUCAACCCUGCAAAAUACUCAGUUUGAUCCAUUGAGUCCAAUUACAUUUGAAAACUCUAAGAGCCGCCCAAUUCAAUCAUUUUAUCAUUCAAGUUAACAGAGUGCUAAAUUGGAGGUCUGUAGUGCAUAUGCAUUUAUCCAGAUAAUUCCUUUGCAGCGAGAAAUGGCUUUUUCGGCUUA